AUGGACUGGAAGCUUGGGAAUGACGAGGACUGGGCCGUGGAGCUGCGGAUCACGGAAGCCAACCUGACCGGGCACGAGGAGAAGGUGAGCGUGGAGAACUUCGAGCUGCUGAAGGUGCUGGGCACGGGAGCCUACGGGAAGGUGUUCCUGGUGCGGAAGGCGGGCGGGCACGACUCAGGGAAGCUGUAUGCCAUGAAGGUGCUGCGCAAGGCCGCGCUGGUGCAGCGCGCCAAGACGCGGGAGCACACGCGGACGGAGCGCUCCGUGCUGGAGCUGGUGCGCCAGGCACCUUUCCUGGUCACGCUGCACUACGCCUUCCAGACCGAUGCCAAGCUACACCUCAUCCUGGACUAUGUGAACGGGGGCGAGAUGUUCACCCACCUCUACCAGCGCCAGCACUUCAAGGAGGCUGAGGUGCGCGUGUAUGCGGGCGAGAUCGUGCUGGCGCUCGAACACCUGCACAAGCUGGGCAUCAUCUACCGAGACCUGAAGCUGGAGAACGUGCUGCUGGACUCCGAGGGCCACAUCGUGCUCACAGACUUCGGGCUGAGCAAGGAGUUCCUGACGGAGGAGAAAGAGCGGACCUUCUCCUUCUGUGGCACCAUCGAGUACAUGGCCCCCGAAAUCAUCCGCAGCAAGUCGGGGCAUGGCAAGGCUGUGGACUGGUGGAGCCUGGGCAUCCUGAUCUUUGAGCUGCUGACGGGGGCCUCGCCCUUCACGCUGGAGGGCGAGAGGAACACGCAGGCAGAGGUGUCCCGACGGAUCCUGAAGUGCUCCCCUCCCUUCCCCUCUCGGAUCGGGCCAGUGGCGCAGGACCUGCUGCAGCGGCUACUUUGCAAGGACCCCCGGAAGCGGCUGGGUGCGGGGCCCCAGGGGGCACAGGAGGUCAAGAGCCACCGUUUCUUCCAGGGUCUGGAUUGGGCUGCUCUGGCUGCCAGAAAGAUUCCAGCUCCAUUCCGACCCCAGAUCCGCUCAGAGCUGGAUGUGAGCAACUUCGCAGAAGAGUUUACUCGCCUGGAGCCCGUCUACUCCCCGGCUGGCAGCCCCCCAUCUGGGGACUCGCGCAUCUUCCAGGGAUACUCCUUCGUGGCACCGUCCAUCCUGUUUGACCACAAUAACGCUGUGAUGACUGAUGUGCUUGAAGCACCUGGCACUGGAGACCGGCCAGGGAGGGCAGCGGUGGCCCGGAGCGCCAUGAUGCAGGACUCGCCCUUCUUCCAGCAGUACGAGCUGGACCUGCGGGAGCCUGCGCUGGGCCAGGUCACGCUGCAGUACGCGGCGCCCGAGCUGCUGGCGCAGCAGGGCUACGACGAGUCCUGCGACCUCUGGAGCCUCGGCGUCAUUCUGUACAUGAUGCUGUCCGGGCAGGUCCCCUUCCAGGGGGCCUCGGGCCAGGGCGGGCAGAGCCAGGCGGCCGAGAUCAUGUGCAAGAUCCGCGAGGGGCGCUUCUCCCUCGAUGGGGAGGCCUGGCAGAGCGUGUCUGAGGAAGCCAAGGAGCUUGUCCGAGGGCUCCUGACUGUGGACCCGGCCAAGAGGCUGAAGCUCGAGGGGCUGCGGGGCAGCUCGUGGCUGCAGGACGGCAGGACAGGCUGGAGCAUCUGCGAGGAGGAGGUGGAGUUCCCAGGAGAGGGGUGCGGCGAGGGCAGCGGGGCAGGGCCAGGAACCCCUGAGCCCAGCAGAACCUGGGAGCGGAGCAGCAGCAGGUCCAAAUCCUGGCACUGCCCUUCCAGGUGCCGCAGGGACUUGUGGGACUUUGUUCACCGCAGGGAUUUGUGGGACUUUGUUGACCGCAGGGACUUGUGGGACUUUGUUGACCGCAGGGACUUGUGGGACUUUGCUGACCGCAGGGACUUGUGGGACUUUGCUGACCGCAGGGACUUGUGGGACUUUGCUGACCGCAGGGACUUGUGGGACUUUGCUGACCGCAGGGACUUGUGGGACUUUGCUGACCGCAGGGACUUGUGGGACUUUGCUGACCGCAGGGACUUGUGGGACUUUGCUGACCGCAGGGACUUGUGGGACUUUGCUGACCGCAGGGACUUGUGGGACUUUGUUGACCGCAGGGACUUGUGGGACUUUGUUGACCGCAGGGAUUUGUGGGACUCAGACCUGGACCCAGGUGGAUGGGCCUCGCUCCGUGCCAAGCCCGGCUCCCCCAGUUCUCAGCUGGGACUGCCAUUCCGUAUUGACCCCAGGAAUUUGUGGGACUCAGACCUGGACCCAGAUGGAUGGGCCUCGCCCUGUGCCAAGCCCGGCUCCCCCAGUUCUCAGCUGGGACUGCCAUUCCGUUGGGAUGAAAACAAGACUCCCCGGGGCCCAGGAGACAGCCAUGCUGAGAGCGAGACUCGGACCCCGGAAACCACCAGCUGA